AUGCCAUGCUUGAAAGAAGCUCGUACUACGGGAAUAUUCGUUAUUGAUACAAAUAUUAGUGAUAAAGCUUUGUUACCUGAUCCUGCUGACACGGAUAUGUCUACUGGUGAAAGUCCGAUGCAGUCUGAAAAUGUCAAUACCAAUACAGAAAUACUUGAAAAUGAUCAUACAGAAAUAAAAUCUUCUACACCGAUUGGUGAACCUCAAACUCAAACAUCUGGUACGACUGAUCAAAUAACACCAACACACAACACAUCAAGACCAUAUAUCAUGAUAAGCUAUCAUCGUAAAUCAUCAUUCGACACUUGUCAAAGAAUCUGUACUCAACUUAGAAGUCGAGGUUAUAACGUGUGGAUGGACGAAGAUGAUUUAAACGGAAAUAUACUCUACGAAGAAUUAGCUCUAGCAAUUGAAAAUGCUAGCAUUGUACUUAUCUGUUUCAAUCGACAAUAUGCUGAGAGUGACUUUUGUCGAAAAGAAGCUUGCUAUACUGUGAGAUGCGGUAUUGAUUACAUACCAUGCCGUAUGGAAGCACCUUUUCGUGCUCGAGGUUGGCUUGGAAUCAUAAUUAGUGAUCAUCUGUAUUGUGAUUUUUCUUCGCCAAAUGAAUUCAACAAUGAUUUUGAACGAUUAUUUCGUCAAAUUAGACAUAUCGAGGCAAACUCCAAAUCAAACAGCACGACAACGAAUACAUGCGUUGCAUUGUCUCCUGUACCUAGUAUUUCGGUUAAUAAUCGAAAUAUCCAUGGAUUUCUCAGAACUAUUAUUCGUAUAUUCAGAGAAACAAUAAAUCAAACUGAUAAUCCUUCAGUAAUGAUUACACAAGAGGAAUUUCCAAUGUUUAUUAAUUUUAUUUGUCAACAUGUUUUCGAUGAGUAUCCAUCUACAUCAACAACUGAUAAUAACAAUUCUCAACAGCAACAAAUAAAUAAUCGAUCAUUAUUUCAUGAAAUUCUCAUAAAUUCAUCUAAUCAAACAGAAUUUCUAACAAAUAUUGCUGAAAUUCUUGCAACUAUAACUGAGCCAACAACGAUCAUCAAGUUAUACUUAGUCUGGAUGUUUUGUCAAAUGAUAAGGGAAUUUCUCUAA